UCUUCUUACCCUUUUUGUUUUCCUUGUUUCUUUGUCUAGAUUUCUUGUGGUUAUAAUCUUAGCACUUUCAAAAUGGUUUAUGUUAAUUUAGUUUGUUUCAUUAGAUUAAAGAAAGAAAAUUGAAAGCUGUUCUUGUUAUCAGAAGUUCUGGAAACUUAUUAAAGAUUGUUAGAGGUAAGAUUAAGCUUGAGUGAUUUAUUUGAUUGUGAAGGCUUUGUUUAGAUGGAUUCUGAUGAUUUGGAACCAAUACCAAUAACAUCGCAAAAACAUGACCCAGCAUGGAAGCAUUGCCAAAUGUUCAAGAAUGGGGAGAGAGUGCAAUUGAAAUGUGUGUAUUGUGGCAAGAUUUUUAAAGGAGGUGGGAUUCAUAGGAUUAAGGAGCAUUUAGCGGGUCAAAAGGGUAAUGCAUCUACUUGUUUACAAGUUCCUACUGAUGUUAAGCUUAUAAUGCAACAAAGUUUAGAUGGAGUUGUAGUUAAGAAGAGGAAGAAGCAAAAGAUUGCGGAGGAGAUCACAAAUUUAAACCCUGUUAUUGGUGGUGGUGAGAUAGAGGUUUUUGCUAAUGAUCAAAUUGAGGUUAGUACUGGGAUGGAGUUGAUUGGUGUUUCAAAUGUGAUAGAGCCUAGUUCGAGUUUGUUAAUUAGUGGACAAGAAGGAAAGGCUAAUAAGGGUGGAGAGAGGAGGAAGAGGGGAAGAAGUAAAGGUUCUGGUGCAAAUGCAAAUGCUAUUGUUAGUAUGAACAGCAAUAGGAUGGCGUUAGGUGCUAAAAGAGUGAAUGAUCAUGUACAUAUGGCGAUUGGGAGGUUUUUAUAUGACAUUGGGGCACCUUUGGAUGCUGUGAACUCAGUUUAUUUUCAGCCAAUGGUUGAUGCGAUUGCUUCAGGAGGAUUAGAUGUUGGUAUGCCUUCAUGUCAUGAUCUUCGUGGCUGGAUAUUAAAGAAUUCCGUUGAAGAAGUGAAGACUGAGGUUGAUAAGCACAUGGCAACUUGGGCAAGGACUGGCUGUUCUGUUUUGGUUGAUCAAUGGAACACACUAAUGGGUAGAACUCUCUUAAGCUUUUUAGUUUAUUGUUCAGAAGGAGUGGUGUUUUUGAAAUCCGUCGAUGCAUCUGAUAUUAUAAAUUCAUCUGAUGCUCUUUAUGAAUUGAUUAAAAAAGUAGUGGAAGAAGUUGGAGUUAGACAUGUUUUGCAAGUGAUAACUAGUAUGGAAGAACAAUAUAUUGUUGUGGGUAGAAGGUUAACUGAUACUUUUCCUACUUUAUAUUGGGCUCCUUGUGCAGCUCAUUGUAUAGAUUUGAUACUUGAGGAUUUUGCAAAACUUGAAUGGAUAAGUACAGUAAUUCUACAAGCUAGAUCUAUUACAAGAUUUGUAUACAAUCACAGUGUGGUUUUGAAUAUGGUAAAAAGGUAUACGUUUGGCAGUGAAAUUGUAGCAACAGGACUCACACAUUUUGCCACAAACUUUGAAACAUUGAAAAGAAUGGUCGAUCUAAAGCAUACUUUACAGACCAUGGUUACUUCACAGGAGUGGAUGGAUUGUCCCUAUUCAAAGAAACCGAGGGGACUCGAGAUGUUAGAUUUGUUAAGUAAUCAAUCAUUUUGGUCAUCUUGUGUUCUAAUAACCAAUCUAACAAAUCCUCUUUUGAGACUUUUGAGAAUAGUUAGUAGCAAAAAGAGGCCUCCAAUGGGGUAUGUUUAUGCAGGAAUAUACAGAGCAAAAGAAGCAAUUAAGAAGGAACUUGUGAAGAGGAAAGAUUACAUGGUUUACUGGAAUAUAAUAGAUCACUGGUGGGAACAGCAAAGCAAUCUCCCUCUUCAUGCUGCUGGUUUCUUCCUUAAUCCUAAGGUCCUUUACAGUAUUGAAGGAGAUCUUCACAAUGAGAUUCUUUCAGGGAUGUUUGACUGCAUAGAAAAAUUGGUUCCAGAUGUUACAGUCCAAGAUAAAAUUACCAAAGAGAUAAACUCUUACAAGAAUGCCUCUGGAGAUUUUGGAAGGAAGAUGGCAGUUAGAGCUAGAGAAACUCUACUUCCUGCUGAAUGGUGGUCAACAUAUGGAGGAAGUUGCCCAAAUUUGGCGCGGUUAGCCAUCCGUGUUCUCAGUCAACCCUGCAGCUCAUUUGGUUAUAAGCUAAAUCAUAUUUCUCUUGAGCAAAUACAUGACACGAAAAAUUGUCUGGAACGUCAACGACUCAGUGACCUCGUCUUUGUUCAGUAUAAUUUGCGACUGAAACAAAUGGUUGGUAAGAGUGAAGAACAGGAUUCUGUGGAUCCCCUAUCAUUUGACUGCAUCAGUAUUUUGGAGGACUGGAUCAAGGAAAAAGAUAUAAGCACAGAAGACUAUGCAAACUCUGAUUGGAUGGCACUUGAUCCACCUUCUGUGAACACAAGACAACCGCAUGAUGAAGUUGACGAGUUGGGAGCAGGGUUUCAUGAUUAUGAGAUUUUUAAUAGAGUGAAAGACACUGAAGAUGACAAUGAUGAAUAAAUUCAGUCGAAAAACUUUGAAGUGCACGUUGGAGUAUUCAAAUCGAUGGCGGGUUCCCUUCUGCAGUAUUAUCUCGCAUUGCAAUUGUCUUAACUUAAUAUAUCAUUAAAUACAGACAAGAUUAAAUGUAAAUGCAUUAGGUUCCUCUAACAUUAGAGAUGAUCAUCAGGAGAACGGAGUUAGAUAAGGGCGAACAAGGUUCGAUAAUGAUACAACUAUUCACUGUCGCUCAUUGAACUCCUUUCCAAAGCCUUAAAGUAUAGUAGGAAGGUCUAAUGUUCCAGAAAAGUGCAUUGUAGUCAUAAAACAGAAAGAUUUCAGUCCAUGUUAAGAGCUUGCUCCUGUACAAUUCACCUUGUAUAUUUUCAAAUAGAUUUCUGAAGAAUUUUACGCAUAUUGGACGAAUAGAAUGCCGAACGGAAUAUGCAAAGCUUCUUUUCUUUUCUUAUCUUUUAAUAACAUGUUAUUUUUUCUCCGUAUUUUCAUGGAGUGAUCUAAA